AUGGUUCAAGUGGUUGAGGAUAUUUUUGGCAUUGCUACAAAUCCGCUUACGAAAAUGGCUCAAGUAAUACGUCGCUAUACCAUAACGAAUUCGAACCACAUGUCCGUGGGCAUCAUCACAUUGGGCGCCACAAUACAGAAUAUUCGAGUGCCCGAUGCCUUCCAGGAGACGGCCGAUGUGGUCCUGGGCUUUGAUGAUGUUGCGGGUUAUCUCAAACAUCAGGAUUUGAAAUUUGGUUGCACUUUGGGUCGUGUGGCAGGGCUGGUCAGCAAUGGAGAGUUCAUUUUGGACGAGCAUCGUGUGAUUGUGUCGAAGAAUCUCGAUCAGAGGCAUCACAGCGAUGGGGGGUUUAUUGGUUUCGAUAAAGUCAUCUGGGACUUGCAUUUGAUGCGUGCGGAUNCAAAGUCCUUACUUUUUAAAUAA